AUGACUCAAGCUGAGAAGGAAGUGAAGACACAACAAUUUCUUAAACACUUCUUUUCUCUCUUAGAUGCCCGCAUUCAAAAAGGCACAGACACGGUUGAAACUCUACUAAAGAAACACAAGAAGGAAGAAGAAGAAAUAGAUGAAAAGAAGAACACAGUAAAAGAAGAAGUAGAGGAAGAAGAUGAAGUUUCUUCACUGUUGCAAUUAGAACAACGAGUGGCAUUAGGGAAUACUCUCCCACAAUGGGUACAUCUCCUCUGUGUAGAUGCCCCACCCUCGCAGGAAUCACAGUUAACAGAGAAUAUGAAUAGUAAGAGUAAGACAAACAUCAAUCGUAUGGAGACUUCCUCUCUUUCUUAUAUUGAUGCCGAUAUGCAAGAGUCUCUCUUUAACUUUCCACAUCUUGAGUCUAUUCCAUCACCGUGGAUAGCACAACGAACACCUCCAUCACUACAUACACGACAACGUCUUCUUUUACAUUUACAACAACGCUACCAUAGACAAAUACAACAACAUGAAAAACAUAAUUCCUUUUUAAAUGAUUUUUUACAUGCUUUACGUCAACGCAGUGUUGUUGAUGGAAAUACUAUAGGGCGUGUGGAAUGUGUAAAUGCGGUGGAAUCUCUCUUCUCCGUAGAUGCAGCAAUCCAAGAAGUGCAAGAACCACCAUUAUCAUUAAUAGCGGAAGUUCUCUUUACGGAGUGGUGUGCAGCUGCUGCGGGAGAUGCCUCCUUUGCCUCCACAAGUGUUCCUCUUCACAUCAUUGAAGAAGAUCUUAAUUACAGCUGCGGUAGUGCUGGACAUCCACCGUGUGAUCCACACAGUGUUAACCGUACAAAUAGUCAUCAUCCUUAUCCUUAUCCACAUAAUGAAGAAAGUAAAGGAGUUUAUAAUAAUAGUUCAGCCUUAGUAGGUACACUCACUGGAUUGGCUUGUAUGCAUCCAAUGAGUGCAGCACCGCGAGAAGGUACUGGAAAGAAGUCUACUGUUCAACGAACUCGUCGACGGAGACGAAAUAGCUGCAGUGAUGAUGAUGAUGAUGAUGAUGAUGACGAUAAUGACGAUGAUGAUGAUGAUGAUUACUACGAUGAUGAUGAUGGGGAUUUGUAUUAUGAAGAUGGAGAGUUUAAUGACUAUGAUUAUGAUGUACACACAGACGCUAGUACCAUGGAAGAACGGAGAUCACAACGUCGCACAAAUACUUAUAAUAAUAGUAGUAAUAACAACAGUAAUAACAGUCGAUAUAAUCGUCAGUUGAAUGCCUUUAUUUCACGGAAUACUAGUGCCUUUCGUGUACCACUGGCUUCUCUGGUACUGAACGUAUUUGAUGUUACUACUGAUUCUCUUGAUAUUUCUAAUAAUAAUAAUAAUAAUAAUAAUAAUAAUAAUAAUAAUUGUGCUCCUAUUAGUGGGAAUGAUAAGAGCCAUAAUGGGACGGCAAUUAUGGCGAUGAAGCGAUAUGUUAAACUUGCACGCGGUGAAGUUCAUUGCCGUCGUGGUGAUUUGCAGUGGUUUGUUGUUGGCGAUUCCAAGCGGCAUCGUAGUCUGCUUGAGUCACGCUAA